AUGAUUCCGCGAUUCUCGCAUUCAAACCCGAGUUUGAAUGAACGCGAUGCCUGUUCGUCAGAGCGUCCGACUAGCGAGACGCAUCCUUACGAAGGUCUCGAUGAGGCUGCCCAGAAAGAAAUCAGAGAACUGGCACGAACACUAACGAGCCAGUCCUCACUGCUAUCUCAGGAUAAGAACGUUGCUAGGGUUGGAGACCCGAAUACGGUAAGUGCAGCGUGUUCUUCCUCUUCCAAAGAGACCGUUUUCGCUAAAGACAUCAAAGGUGUCAACCCUGUAUUGUUGAAUGUCAACGAUCCUGGCUACGACGAGUCGCUGGACCCUCGGUCUGACAACUUCUCUAGUGUAAGGUGGGUGCAGAACAUGGCCCAGGUCUGUGAAAAUGAUCCGGAUUUCUAUAAGCCAUUUUCGUUGGGUUGUGUGUGGAGGGAUUUGAGUGCUUCCGGCGACUCUGCUGAUAUUUCUUACCAAGGAACAUUUAGUAACAUGCCCGUCAAAUUGUGUAAGCUGGUUUKGAGAUGCAUGUCUCGUCGUAUUUUCUGCCCGGAAGACAAUAAAAAUAAGAAAGAUAGUUCUACUUUUCAGAUCCUAAAGCCCAUGGAUGGCUGCAUUGACCCGGGGGAACUUUUAGUCGUUCUCGGAAGACCUGGUGCAGGUUGCACCACGCUACUGAAAUCCAUCUCUGUAAACACUCAUGGGUUUAAACUCUCUCCGGACACCAAGAUUUCGUACAAUGGGUUUUCUACCAAGGAAAUUAAAAACAAUUAUCGUGGUGAAGUGGUCUAUAAUGCGGAGUCGGAUAUACAUAUCCCACAUUUGACGGUGUUUCAAACGUUAUACACCGUGGCAAGGUUGAAGACCCCAAGAAACCGAAUCAAGGGUGUGGAGAGAGAUACGUUUGCCAAACACACCACCGAGGUGGCAAUGGCUACUUAUGGGCUAUCUCACACAAGAAACACAAAGGUUGGUAAUGAUUUCAUCCGUGGUGUCUCUGGAGGAGAAAGGAAAAGAGUAUCCAUUGCUGAAGUGUCCAUAUGCGGCUCGAAGUUCCAAUGCUGGGAUAACGCCACUAGAGGUCUGGAUUCCGCGACUGCAUUGGAGUUCAUCAAGGCUUUAAAGACGCAGGCCUCAAUCACAGGUUCCGCGGCAACUGUCGCCAUCUACCAAUGCUCUAAAAAUGCUUAUGACCUGUUCGAUAAGGUUUGCGUUCUUUACGAUGGUUACCAAAUCUUUUUUGGCCCCACCAAGCUGGCUAAACAAUACUUCCAAAGAAUGGGCUACAUUUGUCCCGAAAGACAGACGACUGCAGACUUUUUAACUUCUAUUACAAGCCCUUCAGAAAGAAUCGUGGAUCAGGACAUGGUCAAUCACGGAAUCAUGAUCCCGCAGACAGCCUGUGAAAUGAAUACGUACUGGGUACGUUCAGAAGAAUACAAGCGAUUAUCAAUACAAGUGAGCAACCACUUGGAUAAAGAUUCCUCCCUGCAAAGAGAACAAAUGAAGAAUGCACAUAUUGCCAAGCAAUCUAAGAGGGCAAGACCUUCUUCCCCCUAUACGGUGAGCUUCUUUAUGCAAGUCAAAUACUUGUUGUAUAGAGACUUUUGGAGAAUUAGAAACGACCCAAGUAUUCAAUUGUUCACCGUCUUGAGCCAUGCAAUAAUGGCUUUAAUUCUUGGUUCCAUGUUUUACAAAGCUAUGCUUUCCUCCACUACAGCGACAUUUUAUUUCCGAGGCGCGGCUAUCUUUUUUGCCAUCUUAUUUAAUGCAUUCUCAUCACUUUUGGAGAUUUUCUCAUUGUUUGAGACAAGACCCAUCACAGAAAAGCAUAAGACUUAUUCACUCUACCGUCCAAGUGCAGAUGCGUUGGCUUCUACGUUUUCAGAGGUCCCUACAAAACUGAUUACGGCAAUAACUUUUAAUAUACCUUUCUAUUUUUUGGUCAACCUAAAAAGAGAUGCCGGUGCGUUUUUCUUUUACUUUAUGAUCACUGUUGUGACCGUUUUUGCCAUGUCACAUUUGUUUAGAUCCAUUGGCUCGGUAUCAAAAACUUUGCCCCAGGCAAUGGUCCCCGCAUCUCUGCUUUUACUAGCUAUCGCAAUGUACACUGGAUUCACCAUCCCAAGAACCGAAAUGCUAGGCUGGUCGGAAUGGAUUUCAUAUAUCAACCCGUUAGCUUUUCUUUAUGAGUCGCUAAUGGUUAAUGAGUUUCAUAGUAGGGAUUUCCCAUGUGCUGAAUUCAUACCUAGUGGUUCCAAUUAUACGAAUGCAACAGGUAACGAAGUAAUUUGUUCUACUCUCGGAGCUGUACCAGGUAAUACUUAUGUGAAUGGUGACGAUUUCAUUCAGGCAAGUUUUGGAUACCAGCAUAAACAUAAAUGGCGAGGAUUUGGUAUCGGAUUGGCUUAUAUCAUAUUUUUUUUAUUUCUUUAUCUUCUGAUAUGUGAGUAUAAUGAAGGUGCAAAGCAAAACGGCGAAAUGCUAGUGUUCCCACAUAGCGUGGUAAAAAGAAUGAGGAAAAGGGGUCAAACGAUGGAAGGUUCACCUCCGACAACGACACCUGGUACUGAGAAGGACCUGGAGAUGAAUAGUGAUUCAAGUGUCACUGAUAAAAGGUUGUUGCAUGAUUCAGAUUCAGCGGUGAUUGGAAAUAGUGGUGCUAUAGCAAAGCAAAACCCCCCUUCGACGUCUUCUUCAUCAUCUCCGUCCUUUGAAAAUAGCUCCAGUAAAAGCAAUGAGAUUGAAUUAUCUAAAUCGCAAGCAGUUUUCCACUGGAAAAAUUUAUGUUAUGAUAUUCAGAUCAAAAAAGAAAAGAGAAGGAUUUUGGACAAUGUUGAUGGUUGGGUCCGACCUGGUACAUUGACUGCUUUAAUUGGUGCAUCCGGUGCAGGCAAGACAACUUUGUUAGACUGCCUUGCAGAAAGAAUUACGAUGGGUGUAAUUACAGGUGAUGUGUUUGUAGAUGGAAGAUAUCGGGAUGAGUCUUUCCCGAGAUCAAUCGGCUAUUGUCAGCAGCAGGAUUUGCAUUUGAAAACUGCUACUGUAAGAGAAUCGUUAAGAUUUUCUGCAUAUUUACGGCAGCCUGACAAUGUUUCCAUUAAGGAGAAAAACAAAUAUGUCGAAGAAGUCAUAAAGGUACUAGAGAUGGAAUUAUACGCAGACGCUGUUGUAGGAGAACCUGGUGAAGGCUUAAAUGUGGAACAAAGAAAGAGAUUGACCAUUGGUGUAGAACUAGCCGCGAAACCUAAACUACUGGUGUUUUUAGACGAACCAACGUCUGGACUAGAUUCUCAAACUGCAUGGUCAACCUGCCAACUAAUGAAAAAGUUGACCGCUCGUGGUCAAGCAAUUUUGUGUACUAUCCACCAACCAUCCGCCCUUUUAAUGCAAGAAUUUGACAGACUAUUGUUUUUACAAUCUGGUGGACGAACUGUUUAUUUUGGAGAACUAGGAAAAGGUUGUAAAACCAUGAUCAAGUACUUUGAAGCAAACGGUGCACAUAAGUGCCCUCCGGAUGCCAAUCCUGCUGAAUGGAUGUUGGAAAUAGUGGGUGCGGCACCAGGAAGUCACGCCAACCAGGAUUACUUCUCCGUUUGGAGAAAUUCUGAAGAAUAUAAAGAAGUGCAAAGGGAAUUGGAUUGGAUGGAAAAAGAAUUGCCUUUAAGAACAGAAAGUUCAUCAAAUGAGGAGCAAAGGGAAUUUGCUACUUCAACGUUUUAUCAGAUCAAGUUGGUUAGUUUCCGACUAUUCCACCAAUGUUGGAGAACGCCAUUCUACUUGUGGUCCAAGUUUUUCUUAGCAGUUGUGUGUGAACUGUUUAUAGGCUUUACUUUUUUUAAAGCAAGCGCAUCUUUGCAAGGCUUACAGAAUCAGAUGUUGGCCAUUUUUAUGUUUACUGUUGUUUUCAAUCCAUUACUACAGCAAUAUCUCCCACUCUUUGUUCAGCAGAGGGAUCUUUACGAAGCAAGGGAGAGACCAUCCAGAACAUUUUCUUGGAAAGCAUUUAUUGUGUCGCAAAUUCUCGUCGAGGUUCCUUGGAAUUUACUAGCCGGAACGUUAGCUUACUUUGUCUACUAUUAUCCUGUUGGAUUUUACGAGAACGCCUCCUAUGCAAACCAAUUGCAUGAAAGAGGUGCUCUAUUUUGGUUGUUCGUAUGCGCAUUUUUCGUUUAUAUCGGUUCAAUGGGCCUAUUAGUGAUUUCAUGUUUUGAAAUUGCUGAAAACGCAGCCAAUAUCGCAUCAGUACUGUUUAUGUUGUCGUUAUCAUUCUGUGGUGUCUUUGCUACUCCAAGUGUUCUACCAAGAUUUUGGAUCUUCAUGUAUAGAGUGUCACCACUGACUUACCUCAUUGACGCCUUGUUGUCUGUUGGAUUGGCCAAUGCUAGGGUUGUCUGUUCAGAGAAAGAACUCUUGACUAUGAUUCCACCUAGUGGUAUGACAUGUUCAGAAUACAUGGACCCUUACAUCCAAUCUGUGGGGACAGGAUACCUUGUUGACGGGAGCUCGAUGACCGAAUGCCAUUUCUGUCGAUUUAGUUACACAAAUGAUUUCCUGGCCACCGUAAGCUCCUCGUAUUCUCAUAGGUGGAGGAAUUAUGGGAUUUUUAGUGUUUACAUUGUCUUUAACUAUUGCGCUGGAAUAUUUCUAUACUGGCUGGCAAGAGUUCCGAAAAAUAGCAAAAAAUUAAAAAAAUGA